CAUUAAAUAUUUUUUUUACAGUGUUGAACAGCAGUAGUAAAUAUCAGUUUUUGUAAAGGAAGCUUGUGCAGCAUGGAUUCUCUACCAGAAGAAUUUUUCGUGAGGGAUCCUGCUAUGGAGGACCAGAGAAAAGAGGGAAUGGAAAAUAAUCUAGAAAAAUCAUCUGGUCAACUAGACAAACAGGAAAAGGAUAUACCUACUGAUCUUGUCCCUGUUAACCUACUAUUAGAAGUGAAGAAGUUAUUAAAUGCAAUUAAUACUCUACCAAAAGGUGUGGUUCCUCACAUUAAGAAGUUCCUGCAAGAAGAUUUUUCCUUCCAAACUAUGCAGAGAGAAGUUGCAGCUGACAGCCAGAAUGGGGAAGAAAUUGUUCCUGCUUUGACUUUACGUUUCUUGAUAACACAACUGGAAUCAGCACUUAGGAACAUUCAAGCAACUAAUUAUACUGCACACCAGAUUAAUGUUGGUUAUUAUCUGACAUUACUAUUUUUAUAUGGAGUAGCUCUUACUGAAAGAGGAAAGAAAGAGGAUUACACAGAAGCUGAGAAUAAAUUUCUGGUGAUGAAGAUGGUGAUCCAAGAAAAUGAAAUUUGUGAAAACUUUAUGUGUUUAGUUUAUUUUGGACGUGGCUUACUUCGAUGUGCUCAGAAGAGAUAUCAUGGAGGACUGCUAGAAUUUCAUAAGAGCUUACAAGAAAUUGGAGAUAUAAAUGACCACUGGUUUGAUGUAGAUCCUACAGAAGAUGAAGAUUUACCUACAACUUUUAAAGACCUUCUUGAUAAUUUUAUCAAGACAACAGAAAGUAAUAUAAUGAAGCAGACCAUUUGUAGUUACCUAGAUUGUGAACGAUCUUGUGAAGCUGACAUUUUAAAGAACACCAAUUAUAAGGGAUUUUUUCAGUUAAUGUGCAGUAAAAGUUGCUGUGUUUAUUUCCAUAAAAUUUGCUGGAAAAAGUUCAAGAAUUUAAAAUAUCCAGGUGAAAGUGAUCAGAGUUUUAGUGGAAAAAAAUGUUUGAAGGAAGGAUGUACAGGUGACAUGGUAAGGAUGCUGCAGUGUGAUGUACCUGGAAUUGUUAAAAUUUUGUUUGAAGUUGUGAGAAAGGAUGAAUAUAUAACCAUUGAAAAUUUAGGAGCAAGUUAUAAAAAGUUGAUGUCUCUGAAAAUAACUGAUACUGAUAUAAGACCGAAGAUCAGUUUAAAAUUUAAUACAAAAGAUGAAAUGCCUAUCUUCAAACUUGAUUAUAAUUAUUUCUAUCAUCUGCUUCAUAUAAUUAUUAUUUCUGGUACUGACAUUGUCCGGCAAAUAUUUGAUGAGGCUAUGCCACCCCUUCUUUUGAAAAAAGAGCUGCUUAUACACAAGAAUGUGCUGGAAUCCUACUACAACCAUCUUUGGACCAAUCAUCCUUUGGGUGGAUCAUGGCAUCUGCUUUAUCCCCCAAAUAAGGAGCUACCACAGUCCAAACAGUUUGACUUAUGUCUCCUGUUAGCUCUCAUAAAACAUUUGAAUGUGUUCCCUGCACCCAAGAAAGGCUGGAAUAUGGAACCACCGUCUUCUGAUCUCUCUAAGUCUGCAGACAUCCUGAGGCUGUGCAAAUACAGGGAUAUUCUCCUUAGUGAGAUUUUGAUGAAUGGUCUCACCGAGUCACAAUUCAAGUCAAUUUGGCAAAAAGUUUCAGAUAUUCUUCUGCGCCUUGGGAUGAAGCAAGAGGAUAUUGACAAAGUGAAGGAGAAUCCCAUUGAGAAUAUCUCCCUUGAUUACCAUCAGCUAUCCAUCUACUUAGGCAUACCAGUACCAGAAAUCAUACAGAGGAUGUUAUCCUGCUAUCAACAAGGAAUUGCUCUACAAUCAAUAACAGGCAGUCAGCGUAUUGAAAUAGAAGAGUUACAGAAUGAGGAAGAAGAACUAAGUCCGCCUCUCAUGGAGUACAAUAUAAAUGUGAAAUCAAACUCUGAAAUACAGUUUGCAGAACUGAAUAAAGAUAUAUCUUCAAUACCCAGUGAAUCUUCAACAGAAUCUCUUAAAGAUCUCCAGGAAGUUAAGAGUAAAGCAAAGAAAAAGAAAAAGACAAAGAAUAAAAGGAAUAAGGACUCAAAAGAAGACGAAGUCCCAUAUAUGGCAGAAAAGGAAGAACAUUUGAAGAACGAACAAGCAAAUCCACAUUCAGUCAGUGGAUUUAUAAAAGAUGAUGCAAGUGAUGUUCAAGAGGAUUCUGCAACAGAAGACAAGUUCUACAGCCUGGAUGAACUGCAUAUUCUGGACAUGAUAGAACAGGGCUCAUCUGGCAAGGUGGCUGCAGACUACGGAGAAACAGAAAAGGAAAGGCUUGCUCGUCAGCGGCAGCUUUAUAAAUUGCACUAUCAGUGUGAAGAUUUCAAAAGACAGUUGAAAACAGUGACUUUUCGGUGGCAAGAAAACCAAAUGCAGAUUAAAAAGAAGGACAAAAUCAUCGCAUCUCUUAACCAACAAGUGGCUUUUGGAAUCAAUAAGGUUUCCAAAUUACAACGUCAAAUCCACGCUAAAGAUAAUGAAAUCAAGAACCUUAAAGAACAACUUUCCAUGAAAAGAUCUCAGUGGGAAAUGGAGAAACAUAAUCUGGAAAGUACAAUGAAAACAUACUUAAGCAAACUGAAUGCAGAAACUAGCAGAGCUUUAACAGCUGAGGUGUAUUUUUUACAGUGUCGUAGAGAUUUCGGUUUGCUUCAUCUAGAGCAGACUGAAAAGGAGUGUCUCAGUCAGCUUGCCAGGGUGACUCACAUGGCAGCAAGCAACCUAGAAUCACUUCAAUUAAAAGCUGCAGUGGAUAGUUGGAAUGCUAUUGUGGCGGAUGUUAGAAACAAGAUUGCAUUCCUUAGGACACAGUACAAUGAACAAAUAAACAAGGUAAAGCAAGGGUUUGCCUUGAGUACCUUGCCUCCAGUCCAGCUUCCUCCACCACCACCCAGUCCUGAGAUAUUGAUGCAGCAGUUCUUGGGAAGACCCCUUGUGAAGGAAUCUUUCUUUAGACCCAUACUUACUGUUCCUCAAAUGCCUGCAGUUUGCCCUGGAGUCAUUUCUGCACCUGCCCAACCUAGAGGCCCCCUGAUGACUGGCAUAGCCUGGACUAUGCCAACGCCUGUGGGAGAGGCUGUGCCUCCCAGCCCAAGUCUGGGAAGUGAUCUCUCCAUGAUGAACUGGGAGAGGAUUACAGAUAGGCUGAAAACCGCCUUUCCACAACAGACCAGAAAGGAGCUUAUGGAUUUUUUACGAAAAUUGAAGGAUGCUCAUGGGAAGUCCUUAUCUGGACUGACAUUUGAUGAAAUUGUUUACAAGAUUUCCCAAUUUAUCGAACCCAAGAGAGCUCAGAGUCAAGGAAAAUCAGUGCCAAAUGGUAAUUGUGCUUCACCUAGCCAUUCUCCAUCACAGCCUAAUGCUGCACAGCCUCCAAAACCCUCCUGGAGGCCUCUCAGUUCACAAGGUUCUGCCACAUGGGAAGGAGCCAAUAGUUUGGAGGAGGAGGAAGAGGAAGAAGAGCCUUGUGUGAUAUGCCAUGAGAAUCUGUCUCCAGAAAACCUUUCAGUUUUGCCUUGUGCUCACAAAUUCCACUCUCAGUGCAUCAGACCAUGGUUGAUGCAACAGGGGACAUGCCCAACCUGCAGACUUCACGUUUUGCUACCAGAAGAAUUCCCUGGUCACCCCAGCCGGCAGUUGCCCAAGAUCUAAUACAAGGGAGGUGACUAUAAAGGAAGAUCAGUUUUCAGACUCCAGAAUUUAGAUCUGCCUUUUCUUAUGAGCUGAUUGUGCGAGUGUUGUACAGCUGUGUGCUCUUUAGUAUAGUGCUGAAAAAGCUAGCUAAUUUCAUCAGAACCAUAGCCAAAGGGGUCAGAACAGAUGUUCAGGACUUGUAACUGACUACAGGGGCUUAAAGAAGAUGUAACUUUAAUAGUUACAUCAUAUUUGCUC